AUGGCCAUCCAACAGCUGGGCGGUGGGGGGCCGGAGGCCGCCCAGCUGCUGGCCCAGAGGCGGAGUGGGCCCUGUGAGGACCGGAAGCAGACGCUGCUGGCGCUGUUGGUCCUGCUGCUGUACCUGGGCACAGGGAUUUCAGGAAGAAGCUGGGAGAUGUCGGAAGGGAUCCAGGACUGCAGCUAUCCGCAGAGUGCAGCGGCUUCCCAGGGGCUGGAGUACCAGAGCCUGGAGCCCUGGAACACCCCCGUCAAGGCCCUGCGGAGCUGGAUGAAGAACAGCCUGCACGCGUUCCUGGAGAAGCUGGAGGCGGACGUGCGGGAGCUGGAGCAGCUGGUGCGGGAGCUGGAGUUUUGGCUGGACGCCCUCCUGGGGGAGCCCCACGCGGAUGGACCUUGCCUGCCGCACAGGAGCCAGGCGUGA